CUCCAUGGGGGAUAUAAAGGGAACCCUGUGAGGAACCAGAGCACACACUUCCAGGGUGAGCUGCCUUGUGUGAGAGCCCAGUGACUGGAGAUGAAGAGCCUGCUCCUUACCGUCCUGCUACUGGAGCUGGUGGCUGUCCUAAAGGCUCAGGAACUCCUAUUAGAUGACCAGGAGGAUUACUCUGGGACCUGGUACCCGAAGGCAAUGGUACACAAUGGGAGCCUACCCCAUUGCAAGCUACCCACUAGGGUUUUCCCUGUGAAAGUGAUAGCUCUGGAAGACGGAGACUUGGAGGCCACAGUUACAGUCUGGAAGGAUGAUCGGUGCCAUGAAUUUAAGUUUGUGAUGAGGAAAACGAAAGAACCUGGCAUAUACAGUACCUUUCAUGGCAAGAAGACUGUUCAUGUGGAAAAGACAUCAGUGGAGGGGCACUACAUUUUCUACUGCGAAGGACUGCACAACGGGAAGUCGUUUGGGAUGGGAAAACUCAUGGGGAGAAACCCUGAGGAAAACCCGGAGGCUAUGGAAGAAUUUAAGAAAUUCAUACAGCGCAUGGAACUCCAAGAGGAAAACAUGUUUGUGCCAGAGAUCAGAGGUGAAAGCAGGAAUGCCCAUGCCUGUCCCCUGUGCGACUCUUGACUGCCUGUCUCCAACCCAUGUUUGUGUGUGUGUGCCUUCUGUGUCCUGUCUGUGCCUGGUCCUAUUAUCCCUUAUGUGUUAUUUCCUAUCUCUCCAUGUCGCCUGUGUGCCUCUGUGGUAUCCCCACAAUAUCCCCAGUGUCACCCAUAACUCAGUGUCACAAAGGGGACAUUCUGUUUUUGUGACCCUCUGUGUCCCCAUGACCUCCAAAUCUCCUGUGCUUCUGCUUCAGUGUCUCCCCAGGUCUCUCUGCAUCCCUGGCCUCUGUACUGUCUGUCCCUUCAAGAUCCCUUAGCUCUUACUGGGCCAUCCCAGGGCUCUGCUUCAGAGGAAGGAGGGUCUUGUGGGAGGGUCUGAGCUUCACGUGUGAUGGGGACAUCUUACAGGACCCUUCUCACUCCUGGGCUUCUUUUGGUUUCUACAGAUGAGUGUGUUAAUGAAAGUGACUAGGGUAAGUCCCCCCUCUCCCAACCCCAUCGCUCAUAGGACUGUGGAAAAGUCUAGAAUGCUGGGCUCUGGGCUCUGGAUGAGGGUCCCCAUCCCAUCCACAUAGACAAGUGUGGUCACUCAGGAUGUGGCCCUUUGUAUAGUUUCCAUGAUGUAUAGGAAUUCUGUUCUUCUCAUGAUCUCUCUGGUCCGGUCUCUACCUGUCCUGGUCCUUUUCCUUCUCCCCAAGGACGCUGAGAUCUGGCUUCUUAUGGAAGUGGUGCAGGGCCCCAGCUCCCAGCAGGGACCACACAGAGACGUGGGGAAAGAGGACCUCCGACCCAUAUCUGCCCUGUGCCAUCCCUGUCCAUGCCUCCCCUGACUGCUGCCCCUGAAAAAAACUGGGAGGAGGGUGCUUAUCUCUCUUUCCCUACCACAGCAGCUACCCAGGUUUGCAACAGCUGAGCCAGCCUUGCUUUCACACCAGGCUGGGACGGACAUCCCGGCACCACACCUCUCCUGGACCAAGCUUCCCACUGCCUCGCCCCAACCCCCAUCUCAGUACCUGCUCCCCUCCCCAACUCCAAAUAAAGCUUUCCAGCAGUA